CAGAAGAAUGACGUGAUGUAGAAAAUAGAAAUAAUUGAGAAAUUAAGAGUCAGUUUUGGUCUUUAAAAAAAGACAUAAUGUGCAAUAUAUUGCAGAUUCUUGCUGAUCAAACAAUCCAAAAAUAAACUGUUGUUCCUAAAGUUAUAAAUAAGACACCAGACGAGAGAAAGAGGAAGGGAAGAAAACGAGGAAGGAAAUGUGACGGUAAAAACAUGCUGGUGAGGAAAUAAUUGAUUUGUUUGAUGAGGACUGAGCAAAGCCUGAAUGGCGAGGGGAGGGAGAGGGAGGAAGGGAAGGAGACAAGGAGACGGGAUGGAAGGGGAGGGAGGAGGAGUAAAUCAGUGUUGGAGACUCUGACGCGGAAGAAGAAUCAGCCUCGGAGAAGGAAGAAGAAACCCGAAAUGAAAGCAGCCCCCCGUCAGCCUGGAUCCACACUUGUUGAUUACCGCUGAUCUCCGGGGCUGUUGGACACCUUCCUCCCCAUUACAACCCCGGGUUCCCAUGUGUUUCUCCCCGGGUCUGAAGCUGCAGGUUUCAGGCUGCAUGGCUGACUGACAGACGGGGCUGUGAUUGUUCCUUUGACUGAAAACCAUCCAUCCAUUUCACAGACUCCGCCAUCCAGCCUCAUCAUUUAUUCAUCCAGCUCUUCCCGGAGCGACGGGGAGCUCCGUGGGAAUCACACCGAGCGGCGGCGCCCCCAUCUUCCUCUCCCGGUGCAGCGCCGCUGGGUGGCACCGCUGUCUCCGGGGCGGAGGGACUCUGAUCUCGGCGUGGUGGACGACCUCUCCGCCGUGAGAAGACGACGUCAAAAAGGCGUGGAAACCCGAGCAUUGCUGCCUCCCUGGAUCACCAGGUCUGUGUUUUUCUCUACAAAGAAGGCGGGUUCACGGUUAAUAUUUCAGGAGCGGGAUAUUUAGCUAGCAUAUGAGGCGGGAGGCUCCGAGAAACAGACCGACCGCGGCGCCCUCUCCGCCGGGCAGCACCGCUGGGUGGCACCGCUGGGUCCAGCCGGUGGGAUGAGUCCUCUUUGUGGGUUAGCAGCGUCACAUUUACCAGAAAACUAAUCUCAUUUGGACCUGUUAGCCUAGUCUGUAUUUCUGGACCUGUUUAAUUAGCUCUUGGAGCGGAGAGAGCUCCAGGACACACACCGAGCGCGGCGACCUUUUCGCCGGGCUGCGCCGCUCUGUCCGGCCCGGUGGGAUGUCUCGCCGCUGGCGGUGGAACAUUUUCUAGAAAACCAGACUUCUCUGCAGCCAGAACUGAGCCUAGUCAUACCCCGUGUGGCUGUCCGAGCCUGUGCGGAGAGAUAUGGCCGACUCCGGCCGGGCCAGAGCGGCGGACCCUGACGCCGCGGACGGCCGGACAGCGAGCCCGCCGACCGUGAAGAAGAGGGCGCAGCAGUCUCCCGGACUCCGGCCCAAGUACCAGAGCUCCGCACCGGGCCACUGCUUCAAGAAAGUCACCCUGACCAAACCCACGUACUGCCACAGCUGCAGCGACUUCAUCUGGGGGCUCAUCGGCUUCCUGUGUGAAGUGUGCAACUUCAUGUGCCACGAGAAAUGCCUGAAGACGCUGCGAUCGGUUUGUUCCUGCAUGACUCCGUCUGCAGUCCGGGUGCUGGUGGCUCACUGCUUCGGUCCGGCGGGUCAGAAGAAACGUUUCUGCUGCGUCUGCAGGAAACAAACGGAGGGAAGCACGGCGCUGCGGUGUGAAGUGUGUGAGCUGCACAUCCACGCCGACUGCGCCGCCUUCAGCUGCGCCGACUGUCGCAGCUCUCACCUGGACGGGACUCUGGAGCAGGAUACGUUUCACCACCACUGGAGGGAGGGGAACCUGGCGUCGGCAGCCAGGUGUGAGGUGUGUCGGCGCUCCUGCGGUUCGUCCGACGUCCUGGCGGGGAUGAGGUGUGAGUGGUGCGGCAUCACGAGCCAUGCGGCGUGUUACCUCAGCGUACCACCAGAGUGCACCCUGGGACGUCUGCGCUCCAUGCUGCUGCAUCCGGCCUGCAUCCGCCUCGACUCUAGAAACUUCAGCAAGAUGCACUGCUACCGCAUCACUGAGAGCUGCAGCCAUGACCUGGAUAACUCAGACGACGUUGAUUCGUCUGCUGCGGUGUCUAAAGACGGUCAGACGGCUGCUCCAGAGUCAGGUAAGCAGCUCCUCAAGGUGUUUGACGGUGACGAUGCAGUGAAGCGCAGCUACUUCCGACUGGUCUCCAUAUGUCGGGCCACGAGGAAUGAGGAAGUGGUGGAGGCGGCACUCAGGACCUUCUACCUCCCUGACGAGCCUCAGGACUUCGAGCUGCACGAGAUCGGCGGCCUGCAGCGUCUCCACAGCGAUGACAUCCUGAACCGUAACGGCGGGCCGGACAACAGGGGCUCCCUGAAAGACGGAGGCGACGCCUGGCUGCUGAGGGCCAAACCCCGAGACGCAGAGGUCGUCAAGGUGUACGCCGGCUGGCCCAGGCCGGGUGAAGCGUUCGUCCGAGUCUCUGUUUCAAAGAGCAGCACAGCGGCUUCAGUCCUCACCGAGGUCCUCAGUCAGCUGGACAGACAGGAGGAGGACGUGUCCGGCUUCAGCCUGCUGGAGGUCUGCAUGAGCAGCAAGCAAGUGCAGAGACAGACGCUGACGCCUCAGGAGAAGAUUCUGGACAAACUGCAGGAGAUCAGGAAGCUGUCUCUGCGUCAGAUGAACCAGACUCGGUUCUACGUGGUGGAGAACAGGAACCGAGCCGUGCAGGUCAACCUGCUGAUCGGAGGACUGCCCCCCCUGCUGACCAAAGAGGAGUACGCCCAGCUGAUCCAGGAACACCUGACCAUCAAGAGUCACCUGGUCACCAUCAGCCACUUCUAUCCCAGUCAAGGUGCGGUGGCGUUGCAGAUCUCGUGUUUCUCCGAGGCAGAGAGGAUCUACAUGUUGGCAAAAGACACGUCCGUCAACAGCAAGUCGCUCACUUCCCUCGUCAUCCCGGAGAUCGUGCACAACAAGCUGGGAGAAGACGUCUGUCCCCUGCUGGUGUUCGUCAACCCAAAGAGCGGAGGUCUGAAAGGUCGAGAGCUCCUCUACAGCUUCAGGAAACUCCUGAACCCUCACCAGGUCUUCGAUAUCUCCAACGGAGGACCGCUGGCUGGUCUCCAUACCUUCAGGGAGGUUCCCAGGUUCCGGGUGCUGGUCUGUGGGGGUGAUGGGACAGUAGGCUGGGUGCUUGGAGUACUGGAGGCGGUCCGACACAAACUGGUCUGUCGAGAGCCGCCCAUCGGCAUCGUACCUCUGGGAACAGGUAAUGACUUGGCUCGAAUCCUGCGCUGGGGGCCCGGUUACAGCGGCGAGGACCCACACCACAUCCUGGUCUCUGUGGACGAAGCAGACGAGGUUCUGAUGGACCGAUGGACCAUCCUGCUGGACGCUCAGGAUAUGUCUGAGGAUGGCAAGGACAACGGCUUCCUGGAGCCGCCCAAGAUCGUACAGAUGAACAACUACUUUGGUCUCGGCAUCGACGCGGAGCUCAGCCUUGACUUCCACCUGGCCCGAGAGGACGAACCUGACAAGUUCACCAGCAGGUUCCAUAACAAAGGGGUGUACUUGAAGGUUGGUCUGCAGAAGAUCAGCUACACCAGGAGCCUCCACAAAGAGCUCCAGCUUCAGGUGGACACUCAGAACAUCCCAUUACCAAACAUAGAGGGUCUGAUCUUCCUCAAUAUACCAAGCUGGGGGUCAGGUGCUGAUCUGUGGGGGUCAGAGGUCGACGGUCGCUUUGGGAAACCGAGCAUCGAUGACGGUUUGCUCGAGGUGGUCGGAGUCACUGGGGUCGUCCACAUGGGCCAGGUGCAGAGUGGCCUCCGAUCUGGGAUUCGUAUUGCUCAAGGGAACUACAUCCGGCUGACAGUAAGUAAACCCAUACCUGUCCAGGUGGACGGAGAACCGUGGAUCCAACCUCCGGGACAUAUCAUCAUCUCUGCUGCUGGACCGAAGGUCCGGAUGCUGAGGAAGUCUAAGCAGAAGCAGAAGAAGUCAUCGGCGGGUGCAAAGGACGGACGUUCAGAGAGUCCUUCUUCCAGAGACGGAGGACACUGACCUGUCCCACCUGAACAUCACUGUCCUGUCAUUUACCUGCUUCCUGCUGCACCUGGGAGUCCAUGUUGGUGCCAGCAGCCAGCUGUGAUGUCUCUCACAUGGCUUCGUAGCGACGCUGACGGGUCGCUGAUCGACUAUAAGACUGCAGGAAGUUUAACUUUUACAGCCUGAAUGUGGUGGGAGGAAGACCGGUAUCGCCUCACGUUUCAGAUCAUUUCCAUCCUGCUGACUAAGCACGUACUAGUUACAGAAUUCAUAAUAACCAUGGUUAAUAUUUAGCACCUAAAAUGUACUUUUCUACUUAAAAGGCAAGAUAGGAAGUAUCUAAUACAUUCGUAGUAGAAUUUCUGCAUAGUUUGGGUUAAAACGUUAAUAUUGAAUUUUGACAAUUUCCCGGUAUGGAUAAGCUUCAGAGUUCAAAAAACAAAGUAUUUAACAGAAGUUGUUAAAUUUCUCUCCAGAUGUUACUGUACAGUAAGUAUCAGUAGACUCUGUGUCAGUUGAUAUAUUAUAAUAGCUUUAGUUGUGAAAAAUAAUGUGCAGCUAUAGAGUGAUUAUGACCUCGAUGCUGGUCAUUUUGUCAUAGCAAAACAUGAAGAAACUGAAUACUGAAACACUCCUGAAGAGACUGACAGGCAGUUUUUUAAGAAGCUGCACCCACGUUAUGUUUUCUUUUCUUCUUCUUCUCGUAGGAAAUCCUUUAGUGACAUUGGUUUUCCAAAUGUCAGUGGACAAUGUUGAUAUUGUGGUGAAGCUCUCCAGAGCUAAUGAGCGCGCAAAAUCAAACAUGAAAUCCCUGAUUCUCUGAAACCACAGUGACCACUGUGCAGCAUCAGUGUGCAACUGGAAAUUUCACGGAAGUGAAAGGAUUGAUUUAAAAAAAAAAAAAAAAAAAAAACCUACAACAAUUAAUGUGAGUCUGAGCUGUGGUACAGAGUGUUAACUGGAGAUAAACAGUAACGCCUGAAGCACAGUUUGUUUUAAGCAAAGGCGGAAGCUUGUUCUUGUAAAGGGUUAGAGAUUGAAAAAGCUUUUACUUUGGUAACAACAUCAGCUAAAAAACCCUGCUGUCAGUGUUGUGUCACCAAAUUUGUUUAGCCUCAAAUUAACAAAAAAAUAGUAGGAUAUGACUUUAUCUUUCCAUUACGCAUUUCAUUGAAAUAGAAAUAAAAUAGACAUUAAGUGACAUGCUACAGAUGGUGUUGUCGUGAAGGUAGAAAGUGUCUUGUAGUCAAAAAUCUUUUAGUAUAGUCUUCCUGAUUACAAUAGAAACUGUGCUGCAGCUUUACUUUUUGUUUUCAGUUAAUGCUAACGUGCACGGCUAACUUUUUCUUUCUGUCUUCCCUGAUAGCAGUUAGCCUAGCUGUUUUGUCAUUGAAUCUUAAGUGCAUUUUAUUGAACAAGUGUAUGAAGAUGUAUCUGAAGGGUGGCAGUGUCCAGUCCAGUUUAACAGAGACAAAUCUCUGCUACUUCUCAGUUGUUGCUAAUGUUAAAUCCCCCUUUCAACAGCAAAGGACUCAAAAUAAAAACCUACAAGAAAAAAAAUUAGAUUUCUUCACGUGCCAUUGGCACCGCCCAAAACUAGCUAGAAAACGAGCUAUACUUAACUAGCAACAGCUUUGUGGGCUGGUUUUAACUAACAAGUUACCAAGUAUGCCAAAACAAAACUUAAAUUGUGAAGACUUCCUAAAAUGUGGAAACACUGUGCCACUCUGAUUGAGUCACUAAGAGAACUGAGAACUAACUACAUUACCAAUUUGCAAGCUAGUUGGUAAGCUGUCUUACCAAAACAACAUUAAAACAAAACUCAAUUAAUUUUUGGGAAAACAAGUUAAUCAAAGGUAUAAAUUUACUAAAACAUGUGAACAAAAUGUGACACUGUGAUUAGGUAGUGCCAGACAAACUAGAAAACAGGGUAAGCUAAAGUAGCAUUACUGGCAUAGCGAGCUAGUAAGGUGAAUCGCUAGGAAACUAAAUUGCCAAAACAAAACAACGGUCAGUUUAUUUUAAGAGGGGAGAGAAAACAUUUAUUUGAGGGUAUGAAUUUACUAAAAUGUGGAGACAAAUAUGGUGCUGGGAUCAAAGGAAGCACCUGACUCUAGCUAGAAAGCUAGUUAAACUAAGCUAGCAGCAUUACUAGCAUGGCUAAGUAGCUAGCUAGCAGAUUAGCUACGUUGUCAAAACUAAACUCCGUAAAUUGAGAGAAACAAAUAAAUGUAAAUGAAGAGUACAUGCAGCUAUCUCUGCAAUCAGCCUGACAAAAAAGAAAAACCUUAAAUAUACUAUAUUUUUUAUGUGUUGCCAAUCUGAUGGAAAAGCCUUCAUAUGUUUAUUUUGCUUCCAUUUAAAUUGCCCCUUAUUUUGGUGCAACCUAUUGUUGUAUUUGUUAAUGUGACCAGGCCCUAACACGACAAACAGCCCAAACAACUUUCCAAUAAUUUCUGUUUCCUGACCCUAAAAGAGGAGCUUCAGCUGCCCGUUAAUACACCGUGAGUGUCUGACUGAAGGAUUUGAGGAGGAUUUAAUGACAGAGACACUUCGUCCACAUUCCCAGAGUGUAAAGAAACACAGUUUUUAGACAGUUAUAAAGCAGACGAGGGAUCUGAUGCUGAAGAUCCCAGCUCUUGAUGUAGCCACAACAGUAUUUGAUCACUGUACUUUGGUUGUAAUAUUUAGAUUUUCUUCUGCAUUAACAGAUUUAUUUUGAUGUUUUUUGGUGCUAGAGGAAAACACUUUGUUAUAGUUCUGUGCUUUACUUGAGACUCGAGGAUCCUGUUUUUAUUCAAAGCCUCAAACAUUUUUGCAUUUUAACAUGAGGACUAAAGCAGGAAGAGUUUCUGGCUUUGAAUAAAGAAAGGUCUGAGAUUUAUUGCUGAUACAUCAGUGGCAUUAACUGUUCAUUUUAAAUCGACUGUGGAGUAAAGUGCUGCUUCAUCUGCAGUUGAUUGUGUGCUGACAGUAGGAUGUAGCUGUGAGUAGUUUUUUAAACUGUUCAGAUAUAAAAUACAGUCAGUGUUUCUAUUACAUGCAUGAAGUACUGUAGUUUCUGCCUCCAUGUAGAGCUGAGUGUUGUGUUUUUACAGCAGAGUUUAAUGUCCACUGUCACCGUUUAAAUAUUAGAAAAGAUCCUGCAGCUUGGUCCGCGUACAUAACAGCCAAUCGAUUUUUGUUCUGGAGUAGGAAAACGGAUGACGAAUCUUUUCCUGUUUCUCGUUUUGGAGGAAGAAAAUGGAAAACAAAAAAAGAGCCGCUUUCCUUUUUUUCAGUUAUGGGCUUUGUGCGUUUAUUUGUUUUUAUUUUGCCCUGGAAGUCACCCAGUGAUCGAUAGCACAGGAUCCCUGUAAGCUAGCACAGUCCUUUUCUGUGCUGCCCUGCUAAUGCGCUAAAGCUGACCUUAGCUAGCUAUCUUUACUCAGUUGAGAUUAAAAUAGAUGACCACAGCUAGCUAUUUUUCACAGUUUUUCGGCAGCAUAGAAAAGGAUUGACAACCGAAACACGAAGAUGUGGGCUCAUAGCAGGGUGUUUCUUGCUCAUCUGUUUUUGCCUUAGCUGAGCAAAGACAGCUAGCUAAGGCCACCUUUAUUCGCAUUAGCUGGACAGCACAGGAAAGGACUGCGCUAACUUAUGGGGGUCCUGUUCAUUAGCACAACGAAACAGACGGGAUUUAGGCCUGUAACCGAUUUCUCAUUUCCCCCGUGUUAACAUAAAACAAAAAUAAAAAAUACUAGUCGUUCAUUGUUCCAAAACGAAAAAUGGAAAACAGAUCGUUUUUAGUUUCCAGUUUCUUAUUCCAAAACGAAAAAUGGGAAAAUGGGAAAAUGGCUAGUCAUCUGUUUUCUGUUGUCCCACAAAAAUCGUCGGUUAUGUCCACGGACCCUGAUUGUGCUCCACCACUGAGGAUUUGUCUCUUUAGUCCAAAGAAGCAGCUCAAAGUGUUUCACCUGUUGUGACUUUUAGCUUUCAGCCUGAGAAAGUACAAAAAAUAAGUUCAUAAAAGGCCAAAAAAGAAAAGGUAGAAAGCAGCAUUAAUGCUUAGAUAGUGCCCAAAUUAUAAACAGGGUCUGUAAUCAGUGAAAUUCAAGAAAAAUAUUGGAUUUAAUUUUACAUAUUCUAAUUCCAAAAUUAUGUUUUUAUUUACUUUUCUUGAAGGUUUGUGUGGGGAACAUUAAAACCACCUGCCUGAUAUUGUGUUCGUCGAUGCUACAAACUGAUUUUACGUUUUGUUGAAUGUUUAAAAAAGAAAAUGUGCUUUAACGUGACUUUUCUGCUUCUCUGCGUCCGUUCGUGCCUCGUACAGCGUCCUGACUUUUUUACCUGUGGAUGUUAAGCCCCGCCCAUCAGGUGUGAAGGUGGAAGUCUGCGUAGUGCCUCAUCGAAAAACGCUUCAACACCCUCAGUGCUCUGAUGUUUAAACAUGUAUGUAUGUGUGUUAAUGCAGUGGUGUGCUGAGCUAACGUGCCUCCAGACGUCGAUUACAUUUUUUCUUUUUUGCUGUAGGUUCAGUUUUUACCUGAAGUUUUAUUGAAUAGAUGAUGAUGUAUAUUUUCUGUAUAUUUUUGCAGACAGAAGCUGUUUUUUUUAGUUUCCACUGUAAAGUUUUAACUGUAAAUUGCACUAAUUGUUUUACAGAUGCUCUUAGAUGUGACGUUCAGGUUAUUAAUAUUAAUGUUGAAAUAACUAAAGCUAAAUAUAUAGUACAUAUAUAUAGAUAUAUAUGUUUAAAUAAUGAUUCUUAAAUGUGUUUAAUCACAAUAAACUAAAGACCAUCAAAUAAUUAAUGA